ACUCGCUAAGUUUUCAACUUUAAAACUCUCUCCCUCCCUCUCUCUCUCUCCAUAAAUAGACGAGACGUUCUUGAAUCUUCUCGCUCAUUGACUGCAUCAAGAAGCAUAAACGCUCACCACUUCAAAUCCAACACGAAAGGAAGAGAGCUCUCUGUGUCUUUCUUCAGUUCUAGCUUAGAGCUUCAAAGGGUCCCUCUCCAAUGGCGCGAUACUACGGCAACAACGGCUACUACUCCUACUACGCCGACUACCUCUCCCUCCCGCCCUUGCACCUCUGCUUCUUCGUCGGCGUCCUCUUCCUGGUGCUGGGCUUCUCGUGGUACAUCAACUACGAGUCGGUGGUCGAGGACAUGAUGUCCCAGCUCAAGCUCUUCCUCAUGCUCUGCCCCGUCGUCCUGCUCCUCCUCGUCCACUUCCUCUCGAACGAGGCGGACCGGAACCGGGUGCCCUUCUUCCUGGCCAUGCCCGAGCAGGACUCGCUCCACCGCGCCGGCGGGUCGCCGUGGGGCGUCGCGGCGGUGCUGGUGUUCCUGAUCUUCAUGGUGUCCUACCAGUCCUCGCUGCAGGAGCGCUGGUUCCCUCUCUUGUCUAAGUGAUUAAGAGUCGGGUUUCAAGUAUAUCAGCGUGUUCUUGUGUAUGUAUCAUGAUCGUAAUUAGCGAGGAGAGAUCAAUCGUGCGAGUGUAGUAGUGAGGAGUGCGGGCUUGUUAGAUUUUUUGUAAGUUUACAAGCCAUGCUUCCUCAGAUCUGAUCUUCUGUAGUCUGUGUAAAUUGUGGUCUGGUUCGGUUUGGGGAAGAUAAGUAUAUACUACGAAGCGUGUCUUUCUGAGUUUCUUGUCUUAAUUAAUCGGUGAUCAGCAUGAUUAAUCA